CCCUAUCCAGUCGUUCGGUUCUCGAGCGGAAGAGAGUUGGUGUUAGAAUAUGAAAAGUGGUCAUUUGAACUGCCUGGUGGUAAAGUGCUUGCCUCUCGUUCACAGAUUCCAUUAAUGCUGGCCUGGGCUAUCAGUAUACAUAAAAGUCAAGGACAGACUUUAGAUCGUGUUAAGGUGGAUUUAGGAAAGGUGUUUGAAAAAGGACAAGCCUAUGUUGCUUUAUCGCGUGCAACAUCUCUUGAAAGACUGCAGAUCCUUAACUUUGAUCCUGCCAAGGUUAUGGCUCAUCCUCGCGUUACUGAGUUCUAUAGAACUUUACAAACUGUAAACUGAUGAUCCCUUUGUGCAUAUACCCCUUUCCCUUUUUGUUUUUUUUUUUUAUUAAAAAAGAAGCUCAUGCUGCUGAGCAUUAAAAGUAAACGUUGGCUGAGAUUGAAAUGGUUCUUUUCUUUACCUUUUAAUUACAAGGAUGGUCAUCGCAGCCUCUAUGGCUCCCUACAUCCAUAUUCCUAUACCUGGGCCUAUAUUUCAUUUAAACCAUCUCGCACUUGCUUGUAUUUAUAUUGGAUGCAUUCUUAUAGACUAUUUCAUCUGUUGUUGUACAUCAAUACCCUAUCAUAAAUAUAAAUUGUGGCUUGCCACCUUUCAUAUCCUCAUGCCAAUUGUGGUCGCACCUCGUACAAAAGGAUGGACUACUUUUUAUACAGCUGUUCCUUGGUUGAUUACAUCUGCGGGUGUAUAUGUAGCUGAAAAAUACAAGCGAACAUUGACAUUGACAGCCUGGUUUAAAACAGCUUUUAUCGAAUGUAUGGCCACUGACCCACAAGGAGAUCAGAUUCGUCGCCGGGGUGUUCAAAGACUAUUGCGUAUUCUUUUCGGGCUGGCGAUUUGUCGCUAUGUGAUCAAUCCACUGCUACCAGAAGUUCCGCAGACACUCUUUCAGUAUCCAUGGUACUCUAUUUCAAGCGUGUACUAUACUUUUCUAAUGGGAUUUAAAGGCUAUCUUUUAAUGAACGCAAGCACAGUUUCUCUUUCUGUUAUUCAAACUGCUUGUGGCAUCGACCUGCUAGAACCAUUUGAUAAGCCAUUCUUGGCUACGAGUCCCAAAGAUUUCUGGAGCCGUCGUUGGAAUUCAAUUGUUCGAAACUUGUUUAUCAAAUACCUGUAUACAGCUAACGAUCGAGGUGUCAACAAGCGACUGUAUGUGUUUUACUUCAGUGCCUCUAUGCAUGAGAUUAUUAUGACCAUCGUUAAUAGGCAAAUGACGUUUGAGCAGUUUUGCUUCUUUAUGGUGCAUGGCAUUGCUGUUACCGCUCAAGUGACCUUGUUUCGGACCGUCAAACUACCACGGCCCUUAGCGACGGUGCUGACCUUACUCUUUUUUUGUCUUACUGGAAAGCUAUUUCUUAUGCCUUUUCUUCGGUAUGAGGAUAUGGCUUUCUUCCUUGGAAAGCAUUCAUAUUUGUAAUAAACUGACUUCUUUCUUUGAUAAGGGACAGUUUAGAUGUCUCUCUGUAGAUGUAUAAAUACUUUUCAGAAAUUAAGAAAGAUAAACAAUUCCUCAUUUAUUAUGAGCCAACACCGCAGUUCCUUUCUUUUGGGGUUGGGAUACCAUCGGAAGUGCUUUUUGUUCAUAUUUUUAAAGGAACCAAAAAACACUUCUUCUUUCACAUACAACUCAAUGCAACAAACA